AUGUUUAUGCUGCCCAAGUCUAAGAAGUACAUUAGCUGCCUGAAUCGGCACUUUGGUCUGUCCAGCUUUAAGCCACUGCAAUGGCAAAUCAUAAACGCCUUGAUAGAGCAACGCGACAGAGAUCUGUGCGCUGUGAUAGCCACUGGUUAUGGCAAGUCGUUAACCUAUCAAUAUCCCGCGUUUUAUUUAAACAAAGUGGUCUUUGUCGUAUCGCCACUGAUUGCUUUAAUGGAGGAUCAAGUAGCUGCAUUAAAUCGCAGCUCGGAGUGUGCUUGCUUGCUGGGCACAGCGCAGGAGGAUCGCGCAAUCAAGCAGCGCAUACUUGCCUUGCAGUUCAAAGUAGUGUACGCAACGCCGGAGUACAUAACACGUGGAAAUGGACUGAAGCUGUUGCGCGACUUAGGCCGCAAGCUGGCAUUGAUUGCUGUUGACGAGGCGCACUGCAUCUCCAAGUGGGGCCACGAGUUCCGACCGGCCUAUCGCCAGCUGAGCCAGCUUAGAGUCACGCUGCCCCAAGUGCCGUUGUUGGCAUUGACCGGUACAGCCACUAAGCGUGUGCGCGUGGACAUAUGCGAGCAGCUGGGCAUGCGUAAGCCACUAAUACUCAGCAGCUGUCUGGAUCGUCCCAAUCUGGAGUUGACAGUGCGCGCCAAGGGUGCACAGAUUGGCAGCGACUUGCAGCCUUAUCUUAGCUGGGCCCAGGAGGCCGCUGGUUCGGUUAUCAUCUACAACAAUACCAUACGCGAAACGGAGCACAUGGCGAAGCAGUUAAGCAAGCUUGGCUGGACCUGCCACAGCUACCAUAGCAAGCUGCCGCUUGAGCAGAAGCGACGCCAUCAGCAGGACUUUAGCUCUGAUCGCGUGCGUCUUAUUGCAGCCACAACAGCAUUUGGUCUGGGCAUUGACAAGCCCAAUGUCCGUCUUGUGCUGCACUACGGUGCACCCAGCGACAUGGAACGCUACUAUCAAGAAAUCGGACGUGCCGGUCGCGAUGGUCUGCCCGCCAAAUGUGUCCUCUUCUAUGGCGACUCAGAUGCUGCCACGCAUCAGCGUCUGCAGCAAAGUCAGCCGCUAUCAGCGCAGCGUAGCGAGGAACUGCAGACUCUGGCCAAAGCUAUGCAGACAUACAUCCAGAGCAACGAUUGUCGACGUCGCUUUAUACUCAACUACUUUGAUGAUCAAGCAACGUUGGCAGUUCUGCCCGCAUUGAGGUCCAAGUGCUGCGACAAUUGCCGCAAGGCACGACAACUGAAAAAGAGCUCACAGACGUUGCCUCCGGCUAAGCAGAUGGAUGUGAGUACUGAAGCGCGUCUGCUGCUGUGUAUGUUGCGUGAGCUGGGCGGGCGUCUGGGCCUGGGUAAGCUUAUACUAGCACUGCGUGGCUCUCGCAGCAAAAAGAUCAGCAACCAGGGUCGAGUGCACGAGCAUUUUGGAGCUGGCGCACACAGAUCAGUUGCCUGGUAUAAGCUCUUGGCUGAGCAUCUAAAAACCGAAGGUUACAUUAAAGAUGAAUAUCAAAAGAGCGCCAAGUGUGCCUUUGGCUUUAUUAUGCCACAGGUGACACUCAAGGGCUGCUGCUGGCUGGAUGAGCAGAAGCCUGAAGCUAUUAUAAUCGAACCAACUGCACGACUGGCAAAGCUGCCGCCAAAACAUUUAAAUAAACGCAGGUGCCAAACUCAGACACAGUCAGAGACGCUUGACUGGGGCUCUGAUCUGGAGUUAGAUCUAACUGAGCUGGAUGCCAUUGAAAAGGGUGAGCGACAGCAGGCAGAGCAGCAAACAAAUGCCUGUUUCUGGGGACCCGACCUUGAUGACAUUGACUUUAAGCAAAUCGAUGAGGCUGUGGCCAAGCAGGCCAACCAAACUAAAACCGUUACGUCUUCAACACAUGAUCUCGAGUUGCUGCUGGCGGAUUGCCAACAGAUUUUGCACGAAGAACAGGAGGAGACGGCUCGUACUUUAAAAGCGCGCAAACGCAUCUGGCAAUUCCUAGAAGCAAGCUAUGAGAAACGUCCUUUGAUACCAAAGUACAAAUACAAAAAGUUAUCUAAGACAGCAGUCAGAUAA